AUGAACGAGAAUGAUGAGAACGGGCCCUCGACGCGUCUCACCAGGGCCAAAUCGGCAGCCCUGUCCACCGGGGAUGCUCCCGCCGCCAACGCGGUUGCCAAGAAGCCCCUUCAGACCAAGAAAGCCGCCACCACAACGACCACGGCCGGAACCCAGAGGAGGCGUGCCGCCCUGGGCGAUGUGAGCAACGUGACCAAGACUGAGAAUGUCGAGACCAAGGAGGCCAAGAAGCCGGCUGCCACCAAGGUUGGGUUGACUUCGAAGGCGACGACGCAAUCGGGCGGUGUCCAGAAGCUCAGCCGUAACAACACAUCCCGCACGACUCUCGGAGCCAAGUCGGCCAACGCGAAGAACGCGGCCCCCGAGUUGAAGCGUCCCGGUAGCGGCGGCAAGGGCAGCUCCCAGAUGAAGCGUACCAACAGCCAGAAGUCGAUCCAAGAAAAGACCCUGCAGGCCGAGGAGCCCCCGCGUAAGAAGGUGGAACUCGAGAAGAAGAAGAAGGUCGUCCAAGAAGUCGCGGAGAAGGUGGAACCUACCGUCCAGCCCCAGCAACUGCAGAAACCGACCGAGGAUGUCGUCGAUGAUCUGGAUACCGAGGACCUGGAUGACCCCUUGAUGGCAGCCGAAUACGUGGUGGAAAUCUUCGAUUACUUGAGGGAUCUCGAGAUGGAGACGCUACCCAACCCUCAAUACAUUGAGCAUCAACCGGACCUGGAAUGGAAGAUGCGUGGUAUCCUUGUCGACUGGCUCAUCGAGGUCCACACCCGCUUCCGCCUCCUGCCCGAGACGCUCUUCCUUGCCGUGAACCUCAUCGACCGUUUCCUUUCCGCCGAAGUCGUGGCUCUGGAUCGCCUGCAGCUGGUCGGCGUUGCCGCCAUGUUCAUCGCGUCCAAGUACGAGGAAGUCCUCUCCCCCCACGUGGCCAACUUCAGCCACGUGGCGGAUGAGACCUUCUCCGACAAGGAGAUCCUCGACGCCGAGCGCCACAUCCUGGCUACGCUGGAGUACAACAUGAGCUUCCCCAACCCCAUGAACUUCCUGCGCCGUAUCUCCAAGGCCGACAACUACGACAUCCACACCCGCACUCUGGGGAAGUACCUCAUGGAAAUCAGCCUUCUCGAUCACCGUUUCAUGAACUUCCCUCAGAGCCACGUGGCGGCGUCCGCCAUGUACCUGGCACGUCUGAUCCUCGACCGGGGCCCUUGGGAUGCGACCUUGGCGCACUACGCUGGGUACACGGAGGAGGAGAUCGACCCGGUCUUCCGACUGAUGAUUGAUUAUCUCCACCGCCCUGUCUGCCACGAAGCCUUCUUCAAGAAAUAUGCCAGCAAGAAGUUCCUCAAGGCAUCUAUCCUUACCCGACAGUGGGCGAAGAAGUAUCACCACGUUUACAUCGACAGCUCUCUGUCCGAACCUUACACAUACAUCAAAGAUGCCGAGUAA